AUGGCUAACACGUCUCUCAAUGCAGUUCUCUCGCGCUGCCCAAUGUCAGGCGAGGUCAUUUUCCUCCACGCGCUCACUCGCAUCUUUGCCAACCAGCCUCUGCGGGCAAAGGAGGCUUCCGCACACGUUAGCAGCAAAUACCCGGUCAUUGACCACGAAUACGAUGCCAUCGUGGUCGGUGCCGGUGGUGCAGGUCUGCGAGCCGCCUUCGGUCUUGCUGAGGCCGGUUUCAACACAGCAUGUAUAUCAAAACUGUUCCCGACCAGAAGUCACACGGUUGCCGCCCAGGGUGGUAUCAAUGCCGCACUAGGAAACAUGCACGAAGAUGACUGGAGAUGGCACAUGUACGAUACCGUAAAAGGAUCGGAUUGGCUGGGUGACCAGGAUGCUAUUCACUACAUGACCCGCGAGGCCCCCGCCUCCAUCAUCGAAUUAGAGAACUACGGAUGCCCCUUCUCGAGAACUGAGGAUGGCAAGAUUUACCAGCGUGCCUUUGGUGGUCAAUCGAAAAGCUACGGAAAGGGUGGCCAGGCAUACCGAUGCUGCGCUGCCGCUGACCGAACUGGCCACGCCCUGCUGCACACUCUCUACGGUCAAUCUCUACGACACAGCACCAACUACUUCAUUGAGUUCUUCGCCCUCGACCUGAUCAUGGAGGACGGCGAGUGCCGUGGUGUCUUGGCUUACAACCAGGAGGACGGUACCCUACACAGAUUCCUUGCCCAGAACACUGUUCUCGCCACUGGUGGUUACGGACGUGCCUACUUCAGCUGCACGUCUGCUCACACAUGUACUGGUGAUGGUAUGGCCAUGGUUGCUCGUGCUGGUCUUCCCAACCAGGAUCUGGAGUUCGUCCAAUUCCACCCUACUGGUAUCUACGGAGCUGGUUGCUUGAUUACCGAGGGUUCUCGUGGUGAGGGUGGUUACCUCCUCAACUCUGAGGGUGAGCGUUUCAUGGAGCGUUACGCCCCUACCGCCAAGGAUCUUGCCUCGCGUGAUGUCGUCUCCCGAUCCAUGACCAUGGAAAUCCGUGAGGGACGUGGUGUCGGUCCCGAGAAGGACCACGUCUACCUGCAGCUCAGCCACUUGCCUGCUGAGAUUCUUGCUGAGCGUCUGCCCGGUAUCUCUGAGACUGCCGCCAUUUUCGCCGGUGUCGAUGUCCGCAAGCAGCCCAUUCCCGUCCUGCCCACCGUCCACUACAACAUGGGUGGUAUCCCUACCAGAUACACUGGUGAGGUCUUGACCGUUGAUGAGUCCGGUAACGACAAGGUUGUGCCCGGUCUGUUCGCCUGUGGUGAGGCUGCUUGUGUCUCUGUCCACGGUGCCAACCGUCUUGGUGCCAACUCCCUCCUGGAUCUGGUUGUUUUCGGUCGUGCUGUGUCCCACACCAUCCGUGACAACUUCACUCCUGGUGCCAAGGCCAAGCCCAUCUCUGCCGACGCUGGUGCCGAGUCCAUCGAGGUCCUCGACCAGAUCCGCAACUCGGAAGGUCCCAAGAGCACUGCCGAGAUCAGACUGGCCAUGCAAAAGACCAUGCAGACUGAUGUCAGCGUCUUCCGUACCCAGGAGUCGUUGGACGAGGGUGUCAAGAAGAUCCACGAGGUCGACCAGAUGUUCCCCCAGGUCGGCAUCAAGGACCGCAGCAUGAUCUGGAACUCGGACCUUGUUGAGACUCUCGAGUUGAGAAACUUGUUGACUUGCGCUACCCAAACUACUGUGGCUGCUGCCAACCGUAAGGAGUCUCGCGGUGCUCACGCCCGUGAGGACUACCCUGACAGAGACGACGAGAACUGGAUGAAGCACACCCUGACCUUCCAGAAGAAGCCCCAGGGUGACAUUGAGCUCGGCUACAGACGUGUCAUUGGCACGACGCUGGACGAGAAGGAGUGCGCAGCUGUCCCGCCUUUCAAGCGUACUUACUAA